GGUUUUCUGUCGAGCUCCACAAACCGUUUCUGUCCCUUUAAACCUGAGCGGUUUUCCACAAAAAUGAAAACGUGAAGGGAUAACACGAGGGAGACUUGUUAGAAAGUACACUUUGGGUGUUGGGGUUUAAUAAAAGCCCCAUUCUUUCUCCACCCCUCCUGUCGGGGGAGUAAUGGUACGCUCCCUCCUUGUGAUGUACUGCUCCCUCCUGCUGCUGGGCGGUCAGAAAGCUGGAAGUACACUUGGUAGAGAGAGACAGCGAGAGAUACGUUGCAGCUCUGUCUGGAAGAAAAGUGGCUUUGUCUGGAAACCCGCUGCCAGAGUGACGUUUUUGGACCGUCUUUCUUUCUGCGUUUGACUUCAUUUCUCCCGCUUCCCCAGAGCCUGAAGGAUCCUCGCGCAGCUUUAAAGACGGAGGGAAAAAAAGCAGAUGUUUGUGAAAACUAUCGAAAAGGUGCGCAGAAGUUUCUUGAAAAUGUAGCCUCUUCUAAUACAGGAGGUUUUGUAACCCCUCACUCACCCCCCCCCUCCCCCCUCUUCCACGCGGCCGGUUACAUGGAGGUGUUACAGGAAGCUGUUUUUAAUCGGAUUAAGGAGAAAAACUCUGAUGAAAAACUUUGUUCCAGACGGAAAGACGAAGCGGUGGCUUGUUGAAAAGCAGUUUUUUCCCCUCCCUGAUUUGUGCGCCUCCCAAAAAUGCGCCCUGGGAGACCUCACAAGUCCGGUAUGACGCGCCUGCUGCUCCUCCUCGCGCUCGCCUUGUCCUGCCGCUGCUGUCCGGACAAAUGCCUGUGCACUUCAGAAACUGUGAAAUGCCAAAACCAGGGCUUGGUCAAGAUUCCACCUUCCUUACCGGCCAAGACCAAAUCCCUGUUCGUCACGGGAAACAGAAUCGCUGAAAUAAACGAUUCCUCUUUCCCAACCCGUCUGGAAAACCUGGCAGAAAUGUAUCUGAGUGGCAAUGAGAUGGAGGAUGUGCUUGCAGGGGCAUUCAAAAACUUGCCAAACCUUGUACAGCUGGACUUGAGUAACAACAUAAUCCAGAAUUUCAGCGAGAGCGCUUUCCCUGAUGAUAGUAAACUGCAGUUCCUCAACCUCAGCAGGUCGCUUAACAAUUACACCACCCUUGAUUUCUUUGUCCAUGCAAACCUUCCCAACCUCACCUCCCUGGACCUGUCCAACAAUGACCUGCUCUUUCUGCCGGACGGCAUGUUCAAGGGCCUUCCCAGCUUGACCACCCUGAACCUCCGCAACAGCUCCCUCAUCAUGUUCCAGAGCGUGGAUGAGAACGAGACUCUGCUGGCGCUGCGUCACCUCGACCUGAGGGACAACCACCUGAAGAAUCUGCCCGCCGCCACGAUGGCGGACUUCGGCCUCCGCCUCGACCUUCGCGUGCAGCUGGCUGGGAACCCCUGGCGGUGCAACUGUUUCAUCAGCGACCUGUUGGCGUGGCUGAAGAACUCCACCCAGGUGGUGGACGCGCGUGAGCUGACAUGCGCUGAUCCCGAGGCUGUGAGGCACCGGCCCCUUCUGCAGGUGCAGCAGUCCCAGCUGAAGUGCUCGAGCGACAUGGAGGGGGUCCUGGAGACGUCGUACGUCUUCCUGGGCCUGGUGCUGGCCCUCAUCGGGGUCAUAUUCCUGCUGGUGCUCUACUUGAACAGAAAGGGCAUCAAGCGAUGGAUGUACAACAUCCGGGACGCCUGCAGGGACCACAUGGAGGGGUACCACUACCGGUAUGAGAUCAACUCUGACCCGCGCUUGGCAAACCUGAGCAUCAACUCGGACGUGUGAGGGUAGGCGAAACGGUGGGAGGGGAUUAGUGGGGGGGCACUGUCAUGGACUCGGCAAUUAAAUGACUCAAUGCUGUUCAACUUUUGCAUGAAAGUCUUCCUUCUUUUGCCCCCCACCCCGCAAACCCCAAAACACAGCACAACGAUGCCAUUCAGAUGCUGCAUCCGUCAACGCUUUCGAUCGACCUCUGCCGCAUGUCCAGCCCAAAUGUUUGGCGGCCGUCAUGCCAACUGCGUUUUUUUUUUUUUUUUUUCCUGUGUUGCGUUGCAUGGACGAUGAAUCAAGGCAAUUUUUUUUUUUUUUGAGGAAACCUCCUGCAAUUGUCUUUUUACUUGCCUACAAGGACAACUGAAUGGAGUGCUGCAACUUUUAAGUGAACACCACCUGUCAAUUGCGUCCUUGACGAUGGGACUCUUGCGGCAGAGAGAUGUUAUGCUGCUUGAGUUUGUCCUUUUUUUGGGAUGUAAAGAUGUCAUAUGCAGUGCAGACUAUGCCUUUUUCUGGACUGAUUAUAAUACACAUAGCAUAGUAUAUGGAUUUUGUAGAUUUAUGUGAUUGCUGUUUAUUUUGUUUGUUUUUUUCCUGUAAGGAUAUUUAGCUAAAUAAAAAAAAGCAUCUG